AGUUCUACAUUUUAAAAUAACUAAUAAUCAUUACGCAAGUAAACUUCUAUCACUUGCUUGCUUAACUUUUGAACUUGUUUUGGCAUAAAAAUAAAAACAAAAACAAACAAUAUAUGGAAAGAAUUGAAAUGGAAAGUUUAAAUAGAAAUAUGAUGAUGAUAUGUCAGCAUUUGAUGAAAUAAACACGCAUUUUUUAACUGAAAGUGAUCAACAUGUUUUAUUUUUAAAAAAAGGAGAGUUAAGUUCAAUUGUUGCUGAUGAUGGUGAACAAAACUCAUGCCAACCAUUUAUGUGUGAUGAUUACAAAAAAGAUUUUCAUCAAAACUGUGAUAAAGUGGAACUAUUUGGAACAAUUUUAAACAAAAAUAAGACAAUCUUAAUGGAUCAUCUCAAAGCUUCUGUCGUUUUAUUAAAUAUUUCUACAGAAAAAAUUGAGAACGAUGUUGAUGAAUUGGCUUGUACAAUAAAAAAUUAUCAUACAGAAAAAAAGUUCAAGCAAGAUGAUACAUCGACUCUAGAUGUAGAAUUAUUUCAAAGUAUAAACACGGAUGAGGAAAUAUGUCGAAUAAACUACGCUUUCUCCUGCAAAAAGGAAAAUAUCGAAAAUAAAAACCAUUUUGAAAAAAUUGACUAUGAUGAAAAUUAUAAUAAUGAUAAUAACAAUAAUAAUACAAGUAGCUAUUUGCCAUUAUUAAAAAAGUGUUAUUUUUCAUCGGAAGAUUUUUCGGAACAGACUGAUCAGCAAAUUAUAAUGGAUGUCAUAAAAAAUCUUGAGUGUAAGAUAAAAAACCUUGACGAGCGAAUUGUUUCAAUAGACAAUCAACAUGCACGCAUUCUUGAGUUGUCUAAUGAAAUAAAGCAAAAUGAACAAUUAAUUGAAGAUAUACACAAAGUGUUUGAUUAUAACUGCUAUAAAGAUAAUGAAAAAGAACACAAUAUUGUUCCUAUGAAUGUGGAAGAUUCUCACAAAAGGUUGGAACACCAAGUGCAGACUUUCAUGGAAAAAAUAGAUCUGAAUACGAAGCGUAUCGAAAGCGCAUGGGUUGGAUUGAUUGCUGCUCUGUUACUUAUACCGAUAGCUUACUUUUUAGGAAAAUUUUUAUAAUUUUUAAAAUUUUAAAGUAUCUAAUUUUUAAAAAUAAAAAAAUUGAAUCUCAAUUAAAACAUGGACAUUAAAGUAUGACUUUUAGAAUAAUCUCGAUUUGCUGUUGUAAAGGUUUGCUGUUAAAUUUCAAUAAAGUUCUGAUUUUGUAUUUUUUUUAAAUAACUUUGUAAAUUUUUCCACAUAUUUGUAAAUACCUAUGUUAUUAUCUAUAUAAAUCUAUAUUAAGCAAA